AUAGUUGACGCAUUCUCUGCAUUCUCAAACACGACGUUCAUUUGGAAAUAUGAGAACGAAAGCGAUUCACAUCUGUUCGACAAUCGUCCCAACAUUUACGCCAUGAAGUGGGUACCGCAACUGGACCUUUUAGGAGACUCACGGUUAUCCGCUUUUAUCACCCACGCUGGAAUGAACUCCGUUCUCGAGGCGACGUUCUUUGGUAAGCCAAUGGUUGUUAUUCCAUUGUUUGGAGAUCAAUACCUUAAUGCCAAAAACAUGGAACGCCGAGGAAUGGCAGUACUGAUCGACAAGAGUAAACUGAACAAGGACGUCCUGACAGCAGCGAUUGCUGAAGUGCUUCCGCGAAAUUCGUGA